AUGGGAUGCUUUUCCUACUCUUGCCAAGAGGGAGAAACGAAGGAGCUCUGGUCCUCAGGUCACCACCUCAAAUCCUGCCGAGCUGUGGCCUUCUCUGAAGAUGGACAGAAACUUGUCACUGUCUCCAAGGACAAAGCCAUCCAUGUUCUAGAUGUGGAGCAGGGCCGACUGGAAAGACGCAUUUCCAAGGCUCACGGUGCCCCCAUCAACAGUCUGCUGCUGGUAGAUGAGAAUGUCCUGGCCACUGGGGAUGACAUGGGUGGCAUCCGGCUCUGGGACCAGCGGAAGGAGGGCCCCUUAAUGGAUAUGAGGCAGCAUGAGGAGUAUAUCGCUGACAUGGCUCUGGACCCAGCCAAGAAGCUGCUGCUUACAGCCAGCGGGGAUGGCUGCCUGGGCGUCUUCAACAUCAGGCGGCGCCGGUUUGAACUGCUCUCAGAGCCUCAGUCUGGAGACCUGACCUCUGUCACGCUCAUGAAAUAUGGGAAGAAGGUGGCCUGUGGCUCCGGUGAAGGCACCAUCUACCUCUUCAACUGGAAUGGCUUUGGGGCCACAAGUGAUCGGUUUGCUCUGAGAGCUGAGUCUAUUGACUGCAUGGUUCCGGUCACUGAGAGCCUGCUGUGCGCUGGUUCCACUGACGGAGUCAUCAGGGCUGUCAACAUCCUGCCGAACCGCGUGGUGGGCAGCGUGGGCCAGCAUGCCGGGGAGCCUGUGGAGAAGCUGGCCCUCUCCCACUGCAGCCACUUCCUGGCCAGCAGUGGCCACGACCAGCGCCUCAAGUUCUGGAACAUGGCCCAGCUGCGGGCUGUGGUCGUAGAUGACUACCGCCGGCGCAAGAAAAAGGGGGGGCCGCUGCGGGCGCUGAGCAGCAAGGCUUGGAGCACAGCUGACUUCUUUGCAGGACUGAGGGAAGAGGGAGAAGACUGCGCAGCUCAGGAGGAGGAGGAGGAGGAGAGUGAGGAUGACCGUGACUGAGGGCAUGAGCGGAGUCUCAGGAUAGGUCCCCCCCCCUCCCCCCCCCCGGGCACAUCUUGCUUCCUGGGCUGGAUACGAGAGGCGCUACGAAUUUGUACUGCUCUUGGGCCGUGCACAAAGGUGCAGAGCCAGAGGCUCAGGACUGAGGGUGCGGGGGGGAGGAGGUAAGUACUUGCUCUGUGGUAGCCACUCACUCGGCCAGUGGGAGAGAAGCCCACGGCUGGGGCAAGAUCGCACGGACACAGGUGUACACCAACCAGGGGUUUAAUAUAAAUACAACCAGCAGAGAAAAACCCAAAAUCACAUACACCAUAACCAGAAUGUCACGUAGUGGGGACACAAGGCAGAUUUCUGACCCUCUGGCUCAGCCAGCCUCCAAAUAAAAUCAACAAAGAUGACAAA